CUCAUUUCCAUCAUGUCAUCGAGCAGCUGCGGUUUCGCCAAGGAAGCAGAGCCAGUAUUUUCCUAUCGGCAGUGUUCCAGUUCUCCUACACCGCCAUCUUCGGAGCCUACACCGCGUUCCUCUUCAUCCGAACAGGACACCUCAUUGGGCCGGUUCUCUGCCACUCCUUCUGCAACUACGUUGGAUUCCCUGCGGUGGGCGCAGCCCUGGAGCACUCGCAGUGUUUCCUGGUGGUCUUCUUUUACCUGCUAGGCGUGGUCCUCUUCUUCCUCCUCCUCCUCCCCAUGACGGACCCGGCUUUCUUCGGACACCUGCCCAUCUGCUCCCUUUCCAGACUGACCUCUCCCGCGGAUGGCCUCACCAGCUCUUCCUGGUGCUCCUGACAGCCCCAUGGCGCCUCCGCUGCGAACACACCCUCACCCUCCGCCCACCCUCUCCGGGCGCUGUGCUCUGUGUCCAAAUUGGUUCCCAGGCACCGUUCUGCUCCGCAGCUGGGAAGGAAGGGCAGGAGCUCCCCUCUUCCCAGAGAGGCUCCUCACGUCAACCCCGUUUGCCAUUGAUGGGUAGUCGCGGUGGCACUCUCACGCACCUCCACCCUGAGCCCACCACCCCUUUUUCUAGAGAUCCCCGGGCCCUUUUCCUCCAGGCCCUGAAGAGUUCUAUUUUUUAUGAAUAAAGUACUUUAAGGAGG